AUGCCGAGGUCACUGAAACAGAUGAACUCUACUUCAUUUUUCCCCAUGUGUAUUGGGAACGAAAGAUGCUGCCAUCAACGGCUUCAAGGAUUUUCGCUUCAAACUGUAUCGUCCGACAACUCGACCGUGUUUAGCUUUAGAGACACGGAGCCGGAGCCGCAGCUUGUGUACACUGUGACCGGCUCUCCCCAUAAAGCUGGAGCCGUGUGGAUACAGCCGAGGUCUGCCCCCAGAAGAAUUCUCACACUGUGUGAGGUCCAGGUCUUUGGAGAUUCCUUGUGUGCCGCAGGUUACUAUGGACUGGACUGUCAGCAACACUGUAACUGUGCUGGUCCAGCAAGUACAUGUUUUAUUGCCACUGGCUCAUGUAUGGACGGCUGUAGACCAGGGUACCAGGGCGAGGACUGUAGUCAGGCCUGUAGACCUGGGCGGUGGGGAAAAGAUUGUGCACAAAUUUGCAGCUCUGCUUGUGCGGAACAGUCAUGUGACCACGUAACAGGUGUGUGUGACAGGGGGUGUGUGGGGGCACUGCCUCCCCUCUGCGCCACAGAAUGUGAACAAGGCUACUAUGGAACCAACUGCACCCUCGAAUGCCCGCCCCACUGUAAAGAUGGCGCUUGCAACAUGAGCUCAGGGUCGUGUCCCCACUGUGAGCCUGGCUACACGGGGGACUUCUGCACUCAAGUAUGCCCAGAUAAAAUGUUUGGUCCGGCAUGUUUACACCGGUGUAGUGACCACUGUCAGACUGACACUCUUGGACGACUGGAAGUUUGUCAUCACGUGACAGGAACUUGCAUUCUGGGAUGUCAUGAUGGCUAUGAAGGCUUCAAUUGUACAAAAGCAACUGAGACACAUCCCUUGACGUCUGUUUUUAUUGGAGUCAGCGUCAGUGUAGGUGGCAGCGUCAGUACUGUGUUUAACACCAGUUGGCCUAUAGGCUAAUGAUUAAAACCCACCGCAAUGUACUGAAUCAAGGAUGACGAGAUGGAAUGUAAAUAGAAAAAUACAGCUACGAAACUUUCGGAAAGUUUAGAAAUCUCAAAGAUUAAUUACUCGUGUGUUUUGAUUUUCUUUUACAAAUAAUUUUACUUGGAUCUGUGAUACUCUUUAAAUGUAAUGUUGAGAAUUAUAUCUCACUGUUGCUUAUAUC